UUAAGAACAACAUUCCAAGCCAAGUUUGUAAAGCUGUUUUUUUUUUCUGGUGGGAGUUGGCAACCCCUGAGAAAACCCAUGGCAACCCGCUUGGGGGACAAGACCCACAGAAUAUGACAGACAGAGACCCCAUAAGUAGCUACCCUGGGGUAGAGGACUAUAUAGAUUUCGCUGAGUCCUUGAAAUCCAGGUUGACUAAGCUUGUGAAUAUUCAAGGGACUUCAAAAUUACAGAAGAAAAUCAAUGCAGAAAUAAAGUUUUUAAACUCACUAAAGAGAAAGAGGGAUGUGAUCCAAGGCAACCACUUAAACAGUAGCAACCUGGGCCACUACGCCAGCUUGAUCCACGCAGCCGAGUCGCUGCCUGGCGUCGUUCAGAUCCUCCAGCCAUUCACUCUACCGACCCGACCAGACAACCUCGUCGUGGACGUCGUCUGCGGUCAAGGUCACAUCUGGGUCAAGGUCAUCGCCAGGAAAUCUCAAGCCUUGCAUCUCGUAUGGUCAGGUCAAGGUCAAUUCGGAGAGCGAGAUCUUGUGGACCAGGCGGAAGAGUACCUAAACUGUGCUGUGACUCACCCGUUUAAUUUCUCAAUACCUAAGGUUAUCUUUGCCUUCUACAACCAAAUCACGAAGCCUGUAGCUCACAGUCUGGAGAAGCUGGGUGUAGCUGUCUAUGGCCAGCUGGACACAGCUGAUGGCCUCACCCUAACGGGGGCCAGCCAACUGGACAAUUCUAUCGCUGGGUCAGGGGUCACGGUGGAAGACGAUGGCACGAUUGUACAGACAGUUUCAGAAACAACUGACAAUCCAAAAACAACUGACCAACCCGCAACACCUGACCAACCAGCAGGAACUGACAAGCAAGCAAGCCUCCACCAAACACCAACCCAAGAGCAACCAGUCACAUCCCGCCUGCCUGUACCCCCAGCCUCACCCAGCCAUCACACCACUUCCCCCUGCCCCCACCCUGAUCACCGACCUAACUCUCAGGCUUUGCUCUCUAAACUUGUUUCCUGCCCUCCAAACUACUCCACCCUCCUGGCUGUGACGUCACCAACCUCCGAGGCAUACAACCCCUCCAUCACGCGGGUCAACCUGGACGUGACGUCACUGAUCGCCCUGGUCUCCUCAGUGACCAACGGCCGGUGUCACCUGGUGUUUCGUGACAAGGUGCUCAGUGAGCAGGCGGCGGAGGAGAGGCUGGCACCCGUGCUGCCGCUCAUCUCAGAGUAUAUCACAGGAAAAGAGCUGUUUGUGUGCGAGACGGCCUUGAGGAGCUUCAACACCAUCCUGGACACGCUGGGCGGGCCCGGGGAGAAGAUGAGGUCAGCGGCGCUCAUGUCAAGGGUCAAGGUCGUGGGAGACAACCCGUCCCAGAGGGCGGCGAACCUGCGCUGUCAAGGGAGGAUCAAGGAGCGCUCUAAGGUUGUGUUUGGAACCGGUGACACUCUUGAAGCGGUCACUGUGACCUCUAACAUGGGAUUUGUCCGAGCGGCACAAAGCCAGGGUGUCCAGUUUCCGGUGUUCCUGCACGCUGCUAGAGCCCUCACGGAGCAAAAAGAAAAGUUGGCCACAAACUUUGUGUAGGACAAGUUUGACCAGAGCCUGGACACUGUGGCCUACAGUGGCGGCUGGACAACGUACUCUACAGGUCUGGUUAUAUGGACAGUGUGGCCAAUAGCCUUGAACUUUUGGACAAGCGGGCCUAGAAGACUGGACAAGACGGACUAGAAAAGUCUGUUGGAACUUUGUUACCAUUCACUAGGGCAGUCCUAGACAACUGGAGCCCUAGGGAAGAACUUUUAUACAUGCUGUAUCUGUAGCAAUAAACUGUUUUACAAUGUGUG